AUGGCACCAGUCAACUCGACCCUCGUCGUUACCAGUAACUCGAGUUUGACCAUAGAGCAGAAGAAAAGUGUUUUGCGGACCAGGAUAAUCGCUGGAAGCAUCGGCCUUGGGUUUACAGUCCUUGCUUUUGCAAUCUUCUUGUACGCUCGCAUCCGACGCGCCCGCGAAAGACGAAAGAACGCCGCUAUUGGCCUUGCCGAUCAGGUCCCACCCGAGGACCGUUCUGCUGUCGAAGCUCCCCUUAUCCAGUCGGAGGAAGCGAAAGGAAGCGAAUACCUUGAGGACGGCGGUGACGAGACGGGCCCGACUCCGGAGCAGGGUCUAUUGGGGACGCCCGAGAACACUGCGAAUAGGGACUGGGACGAGGUCCAGCGACCGGCGAGCAUCGCGAGCUUCACUAGUCCGCAGAUCCGGUACGAAGAGUAUCAGUCACAGAUCGCUAGUCGUAUCGGUACAGGUGUGGUGAAGGGCUAA